GGAUUUGGAAAGCUUGAAUUGCCGACCAGGAAGCGAAGAACGGCCGCUCAUCUCUAGGGUUCAGAUGGAGAAUGCUGAAAAUGUUCUUCCACCGUCAAAAAAGAGGGCUGCUGGGAGGGAGCUAUCACGAGACAAUCCCGGCCUUGAUGAUGACGAGGUGCCAGAGCAAGAGUCUGGAACCUUCAAGAAGGCGAGUGAGGAAGUGAUGGCAAAUAGAAGGAUUGUAAAAGUUAGACGCCAUAUGACAUCAUCAACCCCGUCUACUCCUUCAUCUAACCCUUUUGCUGGAAUAUGUUUGGUUUCACCUGGGACUGUUCCUUUGGAAUCCAAAGAUGAAACUCAAGCAGUGAAAGUAGACAGGAUAGAGGAAAAACAUGACGUGAACAAGGACUCCGAGGAGGGAAAAGCUCACUGUGUUUUUGAGGUACCAAGUGAACCCAAUGUGAACAAGGGAAUCAAGGCUGGAAAAGCUGACACAGGCAAGGAAACUGAUGCUGGUAAAUCUGACGUGGAUAGGGAAUUUGAGGAGGUAAAUGAUGAUGAGAACAAGGAAGCGGAUAAGGGAAAAGCUGACGUGGACAAGAAAAAACAACCAGAAAAGCAGACCAGUGAAGCAGAGGGAGUGGUUUCGACUAUUGACAAAAAUAAGACGGAGAAUGAGCCUAAUAAACAACCUGACACCGUUGAAGCUGAUGAGAAGACCAAUGGAAAUGAGAAAGACACUAGUGAGAAAACAGUGAAUGAAGACCCAUCAUCUCUCAGCUCAUUCCAGCAUCUCUCAAGUACUCGAAAUGCUUUUACAGGACUAGCAGGAACUGGAUUCUCCGGGUCAACUUUCUCAUUUGGACCUGUUUCAAAAGAUGGUCCCAUUCUUGCUGACCAAUCCUCGCUGAGUUUCGGUGGCCAUUCAAAUGACAACGUUUCCAUUUUUGGAGGGCCUGCUGGAUUCCCGCCAAUGCAAGAGGUUCCUGUUCAAACGGGGGAGGAGGAUGAAAAACCCGUCUUCACAGCUGAUUCUGCCCUUUUUGAAUAUCUUGAUGGAGGGUGGAAAGAGAGGGGGAAGGGAGAACUCAAAGUCAAUGUUUCCAAAAAUGAAAUGAAAAAAGGAAGACUAGUUAUGAGAUCAAGAGGGAAUUGCCGGUUGAUAUUGAAUGCUAACCUCUACCCUGAGAUGAAACUUACAAAUAUGGACAAAAAAGCCGUCACGUUUGCCUGCAUUAACAGUGCUUCUGGGUCUGGAGGGAAUUUGGUUACGUUUGCCCUGAAAUUUAAAGACUCUUCAUUUGUUGAAGAGUUCCGGGCAGCGGUAGCGGAGCAUAAGGGUUGUCCUGAAAAGACACCGAACUCACCUGAUGCUUCUGAGGUGUAAUGGGCCCGCUCCGUGGUUUUGAGAUAUAUAUGAGUGAUGAUUAUAACACAGGCGUUUCCUCCUCUGAUGCUCUUACUUUUCGUGCUUCCCUUGUUGAACAAGCAGAGGAAGUGUUAGGACGGUUGUGGUGGAGGGACUAAUGGCCUCUUUGAUGUGAAGAUGCUUGUAGUCUUCAAGUUCAAGUACUUAUAUUUGAGUCUUUUUUUGUCGUUGAUCUCAUGUAGAACCAAACUGGAUGAUGUCACAUUUAUACCUCUUUUAGUGAAAACAUUGCCCAAUGCAGGAGGCUCAGGUGGGUGACCGUGGGUCUACAAGUGAGUUCCACAUGUUGAACGUGACUUCGGUUGGGUGGGGUGGGGGAUUUUAUAUGAAUAUUUUCUGGUUGCCAAAUUUGUUUUCUUUUUCAUUUUUAACUAUGAUGCUUGAAGCCUGAAGGUGGUCGCAGAUUGUCCAAGGUUAGGGGUGGACCCGGUCCCAUUCCUGUCCCGGACCGGCUGGGCAGAUUCUGGUCUAGGAUCGGUUGGUCCCGUUUAGUGCUAGGGGAAGCCUGGAUUCAAUCUGGUUAAACGUUGGUCUGAGCUGAUUAAAUGUCCGGUCCUAGACUCCUAGUCUUGGGAUGGACCUGGAUGGACCUGGUCUGAUUAUAUUUUAUUUAUCAUUUUCAAAUUUCAAGAAAAAAAAAAUGGUCGGCCCAGGACCGAAAUAGAAACCGGGUAACAUGUUUGGUCAGACUAUGGGCGGUCCCAGGCCUGAACCGGACUUUUAGGCACCUGUUUGUGCGUACUACAAUAGUAGUUGAUUUAAUCAAUAUAAUAAAAAGAUAGUGCAUCAAAUAUGGAAAUCAAAAGGCAAUCGCGAAAAGGGAUUCAGGUGCAAUCCGAAGGACAAGUCUGGCAUUGACUGGCCGCAACUGGCGCAAAUUAUACCGUGGGAUCGGUGCACCAUGAGCAUGGUGUACCGAUCCCUAAACGGUGUCUUUUAAUUAAAAAAAACUACGUUAUGCUUCACAGAAGUCCUGCACGCAGCCGCCGAGCGUCAAAUUGGAUCCGACCAACACAAACCAAAGCGAUCCUAUUUAGCUUUGGCUGAUUGCAACGAUCUCAUCCAGCGAUCAAAUAAUCACGUGUGUGAAUGGAUGCUUUGGCUUCGGCUUGGCCACUUCCGUUCCUUCCACUGAUAUCCAACCCUAUUG